UACCUAAGAUUAGGUUGGAUGGUUCAAAAUUGAAAAAAGGAAAAGCUACAGAUGAGUUGGCGCUUUUCUAUUUGAACGCCCCCGAAGAGGCUGAGUUGUCGGUUCCGCAGCCGAUAACACCUCCAUCUGAAGCCACCGUCUCUGGCAUUGUCUCUCUCUUCCUCCCCUUCCCCCCCCCCCCCCCCCCCCCCGGCGGGGCACCUCUGAGUGAACCCGUCGAGUCGAUGCAUUGAGCAGAACCAGAUUUCUCGCCGCCGGUGAAGGAUUUACGGGUUUGGAGGAAGCAGAUGUAGCAUUUGUCAGGUUUUUGAUAUGGACAAAGAGAGAGGUAAUCAAGCAUCUGGAAUCUUAGCGAGCUUAGGAAGGUUCCUGCAAAAAUGCAUUUUAGGAGUUCUUUCUGCUGGCCCUAUUCCUCAGCACAUUGCAUUCAUCAUGGAUGGGAAUCGAAGAUAUGCAAAGAAGCCGAAUUUGGUAGAAGGAUCUGGCCAUAGGGUUGGAUUCUUGGCUCUCAUGUGGAUACUCCAACACUGUUGCGAGCUGGGUGUGAAAUACGUAACAAUAUAUGCUUUCAGCAUUGAUAAUUUCAAAAGAAGUCCCGAAGAAGUUCAAUCGGUCAUGGAUUUGAUGCAGGAAAAGAUUGAAGGGCUAGUCGAAGAAGAGAGCAUAGUGAACCGCUAUGGUGUAAGGGUUCACUUCAUAGGUAACCUUGAACUCCUGAGCAGAUCUGUCAGGUUGGCAGCCGAUAGGGCUACGGCAGCCACUGCCAGUAACUCCAAAGCAGUGCUGUCAAUCUGCAUUGCCUACACAUCCACGGGUGAGAUCACACAUGCCAUUCAAGAAUCUUGCCAAGAAAAAUGCGAUGAACUUAAAGUCCUUGAUGCAAGUGGUGCUGGGUAUGGUUUAAUUGGACUGGGGGGCAUUGACAAGAACCAAGAAGAGGACCUUAUUAGCGUGGUAGACAUUGAAAGGCAUAUGUAUACGGCAGCCAUACCCGAUCCUGAUAUACUGAUUCGAACUUCUGGUGAGACCCGCUUGAGCAAUUUCCUCUUGUGGCAGACUGCAUACUGCCAUUUGUACUCUCCCUCUGUGCUAUGGCCUGAGAUCAGAUUUUGGCAUCUGUUUUGGGCAAUUCUGGAGUAUCAGAAGAAGUCUGCUUAUUUGGAGGCAAGAAAGAAGAUUGUACAAGCGCCACAACUAACUGCAAAUAGUGUACCUCCUUGACAUGAUAUGGUUGUUCUGCACUCUCCAGUGGCGGCAUUCGUCCUCAGCAGGCAGAUUCUGACAUGGGCCGGGACUUCUUUUUCAUGGCAAUGCCCUUGAUCUUAGGCAGAGAAUAUAAACUAGAAUUCUGUAUGUACUGAUGUUGCCUUUCCUGCUGCAGUAGAAGUGAAGAUUUUGACCUUCAAGUGAUGCAUUGUUUUGACCUUCAAGUGAUUCUGGAUCCUUGAGAAUCGAGCCGUUUUGGUUCUAAUUUGUGGUUUGGCUUGAAUUUCUUUUUUUGCUUGCGUAACAAUGAUCGAACAGGCGAUCGGACAGUCUAUUCUGAUCUGAUUGAGCUAAAAUUUUGAGAGUACGUUCUGAACUCGUGGUUCUAAGAUCUAGGCAGUGGAGAUCUGUUUGGAGAUCGAGAUCCUCGAGAAUCAAGCCAUCUUCGCAUUGCCUCCUGAUUCAGUCUAUUCUUCAUUAUCUCUUUAGUUAUUUUAUAGAUUUGAGAUAAGAUUGAUUCUGUUUUGUCUCUUACCUCUUGUGACUGUUGAGAUGAUUUUGUAAUCCGGAUUUGGUGAUAUUAGUAAAACUUUUGGG